AUGCAGUCUAUUGCGGUUUUUGCUGUUCUCGUACUCGCUUUUAGCAGUACAUUAGCUCUCGACGUUACACUUAACCAACAUUGGAAAUUAUGGAAAGAAACUAAUAGUAAACGUUAUUCCGAUACUGAAGAACAUAGCCGUCGAUCUAUAUGGGAAAGUAAUUUAAAGAAAGUACAAGAACACAAUCUUCAAGCUGAUCUUGGUGUUUAUACAUAUUGGCUUGAAAUGAAUAAAUUUGCUGAUUUGACUGUUACUGAAUACACCAAAAGGAUGAACAGUUACGAUAUGAGUGGUCAACAUAACAAAGACCGUCGGGAAUUUACACGAAAUCCAAAUGUUAAAUUACCAGACACUGUUGACUGGCGUGAUAAAGGUUAUGUUACUCCUGUUAAAACGCAAGGUCAAUGUACUUCAGAUUGGGCUUUCUCAGCAACUGGUUCACUUGAAGGUCAACACUUCAAUGCAACUGGCAAACUAGUUACACUCUCAGAACAAAACUUAAUUGAUUGUUCAACCAAACAAGGUAACAUGGGUUGCGUGGGUGGUACGGCCAAUCAAGCCUUCCAAUACAUAAAAGACAACAGUGGAAUUGAUACUGAAGACUCAUAUCCAUAUGAAGACGAUGAUGAUCUAUGUCGAUUCAAAGCAGAAAGUGUUGGUGCUAAUAUUACUGGCUUCAUGAAUAUAACAUCAAAAAACGAAAGUGCUCUUCAAGAAGCUGUUGCUACCAUUGGUCCAAUCUCGGCUGUCAUUGAUGCUAGUCAUAACUCAUUUCAAUUAUAUAAACAGGGUGUCUACCAUGAACUAUUCUGCUCACAAAUUCAUCUUAAUCUUGCUGUUCUUGUUGUGGGUUAUGGUACAGAAUCUGGGACAGAUUACUGGCUCGUCAAAAAUAGUUGGGGUGUAAGUUGGGGUGACCAAGGCUACAUCAAAAUGACCCGUAACAAACGCAACGAAUGUGGUAUUGCUACAUCUGCCAGCUAUCCACUUGUUUAG